AUGCUACGCUUUUUAUUUGCACCAAAACUACACUUGAGUAAUGCAUCAAAAAAGUUCAAUGUCGGACAAGAACAUCAAUUAACUUUUGUCACUCAGAAAAGUGGCACGGGAUUCGUCGGCAAAACAAUAAUUGAAAAGCUGUUGAGAUCUUGCCCAGACGUUAAACGGAUUAUAAUUCUGCUUCGCGGCAAAAAAGGAAAAUCCAUCGAAGAACGUAUUGCGGAUUACAAGCAACAAGUUAUCUUUAGUCUCAUUCAAAAGUCUGAUCCAUCGUCAUUGGACAAAAUAAUUGGAAUUGAAGGAGAUUUAUCAUCUGGCACGUGGUCCGUUCCAGAUGACGCAAAGUUAAAAUCUGAACUGGAAUCGGUCAAUGUAAUUUUUCAUUGUGCCGCAUCAGUUCGCUUUGAUGACUCUCUCCAAAAGGCAAUUUUGAUAAAUGUUUGCGGAACAAAAGCUAUUCUUGAUUUCGCGAAAACAUUGAAGAAGUUGGAUGUUUUUAUGCAUGUUUCGACUGCUUAUUCCAAUUGUGAUCGCUUGAAAAUCGAAGAAAAGAUCUAUCCAGCUCAUGUCGAUUGGCGCACAACAAUCAAAAUAGCAAAACUCAUCGAUGAGGACACGCUCAACGCACUUUUUGCGAAAUAUUCGAGUAACAUGGCAAACACGUACGUUUUCGCGAAACACGUUGCCGAAUGUAUGGUGAACGAUUACAAAGACGAGCUACCGCUGAUUAUUUUUCGUCCUUCGAUUGUCACGUCGGCUGAAGUGGAACCGUUACCGGGUUACAUUGACAGCUUUAACGGGCCCAUGGGUUUGAUGGUUGCCACCGCAAUUGGCAUCAAUCGAACAUCUUGGCAAUCGCAUGAGGCAGCAAUUAACGCAACUCCCGUAGACCUGUGCGUCAAAGGAAUUGUUAUUGCGGCAUCGAAACGCCCAAAGCCCGGCGACGAAAUAAAAAUUUACAAUGCAGCGUCGAUUAAGACGACAAAGUAUGUGGAUGCGGUGAAGCAGGGGAAACGAUAUUGCGUCACAAAAGCACCACCAAACAUGUUUUUUUGGCGUCCCGGUGGGCGAUUGACGGAGAAUUAUUACGAAUUUUACUUGAGGUUAGUCUUUACGCAACUUAUUCCAGCAGCUAUAGCAGACGUAAUGCUACAUUUGAUGAAUAAAAAGACAUUCUUUUUGAAACUCCAACGAGCUUUAAUAAACGCUCAAACAAGUCUCCAUUACUUCAUGAAUAACGUCUGGGACAUCAAAAACGACAAUUUUUUGCAGUUGAGUCACGAUGUUCCUCCCGAAGAAUACAACGACUUCAAUUUGAAGGAAGUUUAUCCAGAUUACAUUGACUAUGGGUCACUUUGUAUGUUAGGAGCUCGCAGAUUUUUGCUCAACUGGCCAGAUAAGGACCUGGAAAAGGGCAAACGGAAUUUGCAAAUUGCCAUUUGGAUUGACAAAAUUGUCAAGUACACGUUUUUCUUUGUAAUUUUUUGGAUUUUGUACACGAAAUAUGUUAAAUAG